AUGAGGACAGAAGAGCACAACCCGCUGAAUCGGCGACAUUCCUCUACGCUGCACUAUCAGACCUUCGACACCCCGCCGCCGAAAUCUCGCGGAAGACCGAACUCCGGCCAAUCUGGAUCAUCAGGCGACGACUCGCAUCACCAACCAAGCGAUUCUCAAAAUGGAUCGGGACACGGAUCUCCCCUGCCCAAGAAACAAAUGGCGGUUUUGGCGAUGAUAUCCCUCUGCGAACAGACUGCCUUCAACUCCGUCAGUCCUUAUCUGCCCGAUAUGGCGUCCUCCUUCCCCGAAGUCGAACCGGAUAUGGUCGGUGUAUACGUCGGAGCGAUUGCUACUGCGUUCGCAGUAGCACAGCUGAUCACAAAUUACUUCUGGGGCUGGCUAUCUGAUCGGAUAGGAAGGAAACCGGUUAUCCUGCUGGGCACAAUCCUCACGGCGGCUUGCUUUUGCGCUUUUGGAUUUUGCAGGACGCUUUACCAGGCAAUCGUUGUUCAGGCGAUGAUGGGCGCCGUCAAUGGCAACCAAGGUCUGGUGUCCACUUGCCUGGGUGAGAUCACUGAUCGGAGCAAUCAGUCGAAGGCCUUCACCUAUCUGCCUGUUCUUUAUGGUAUCGGUGGCAUAACUGGACCUCUGUUAGGAGGCCUAUUGGUCUUCGAGCGGAAUCCCUUUGACAAAAGCCAACCCAACCCCUUCCCGUACCUCAUGCCGAAUUUGCUCGCCGGUGGAGUCUUAGUUGUGGACUUCGUCCUGUCGAUAUUCUUCCUCGAAGAGAGCUUGGAGGACGCAGAGACCUUACCCGAUUUCAAGCAGAGAGUCCGUGCUCUAUUCGCGUGGUUGUGGGAGUGGACUAGCUCUGCAAAGAGCGCGAGUCGGGUAAAACCACCACAUGCUGGCAAUUAUCGCCACCUUCGUACGAGCUCGUACGAAAGUCAGGAUCAUGAUAGCGAGCUAGACUCGGCGUCUGAGGUAUCGGAAACUCACCAGACCCACCAUGAGUCGUUGACACGAAGUGAGAUUUUCAACCGGGAUACUGUGCUGCUCCUUUUGACCUAUCUCAUUUUCGCUCUCUGCAACGUUGCUUUCAACUCGUUGUUUCCUAUCUUCUCGCAAGCCCGUCCCCCACUUGGGCGUGGCUUGACCCCUUCGGAGAUCGGUCUUGCUCAAGGGUUCUCUGGCUUUGUUACGAUCAUUUUUCAAAUUUGCAUUUUCGGCAAAUUGAGAGAUAAGAUGGGAAAUCGCUGGUCUUACCGAGCGGGCUUGUUUGGCUUCGUCAUUUCGUUCCUGCUCAUGCCUUUCGUCGGAUACAAGAGCAAUGGGGGUAAUGGAAUAAGCGGGAAGACCGCGCUUUUGGCAAUCGAGUUGUGCUUUGCGUUGCUCGUCAAAACAGUGGCCUCAGUUGGCGGACUGACAAGUGCACUUCUACUGAUUACCAACUCCGCCCCGGAUCAUGCCGUCUUAGGAUCCCUCAACGGACUUGCUCAAACCCUUUCCGCCGCAGGCCGUGCGGUCGGCCCAUUCCUAUCCGGCAGCCUAUUCUCUCUUGCAUCCAGACUCAAGCACAAAGGAGAAGCCAUGCCAUUCGGCGUUUUCGCCGCCGUCUCCUUUGUCGGGUUUAUCCUGAGUUUCGGCAUCCGAGGCCGUUCCCUCGAAGCCGAGGACUGGGAAAGCGACAGCGACGACACGUACAAGUCAGACGAUGACGAAGCCGAUGCGUGA